CCGGGUGGCAUCAAAGAGCGUUCUUUCAGCACUCUGCACGACACAGGGGUUGCAAAAUACUGCACAUCUACCAUCUGCUUCCUGCAUUCCUGCGAAGAACGGAUGCGCGUGGUUAUCUGCAUCUGAUCUCUUUCGCUUCUCUCUCUUCACGUUUGCCGCCGCCAGGUUUUUCGUGGUCGAGCUUGCCACUUUACUCAGGACAUAACAUGUCCUCCUCGAGCGAGGACCUUCUCGAAAAGGGCCCCUUGGAAGCUCAACAGCCAGAUCCAGCACUCUUGAGAAUUUCCAAGAAGCUGGUCCGAUGUCUACGCAUUCUCAAACCAUCCUUUCUGGGAAGGACUAAAGCAUCCCCGGCAAAGCUGCGACGAACAGCUUAUCUCGAUGGUAUGCGAGGCUUUGCCGCACUCAUGGUGUAUGUGCUGCAUCAUCAGCUUUGGGCGCACGAAUUUAUGGACCGCAAAUUGGAAAACGCAUUCGGUUUCAAUGGCGAGCACUAUUUCGCUGCUCUGCCAUUCGUUCGCAACUUCAUCACUGGUGGUCAUUAUGCUGUAGGAAUUUUCUUCGUCGUGUCCGGCUACGUGCUAUCGGCUAAGCCCUUGAUGUGUAUCCAAGCUGGAGAUUUUGUGCUGCUUGGAGACAACUUGGGCUCAUCGGUCUUCAAACGUUGGUUCCGACUCUACAUCCCCAUCGUUGUCACAACGCUUGGCAUAGUGUUCAUGUGGCACAUUUUUGGUAUAUCCGCAAACUUGAGACCGCAGCGAACACUGAGCGCCGAGCUUUACUUCUGGUACAACGAGUUCAAGAGUUUCACCUGGAUUCUGAACUCGAGCCCGCCAAUCUGGUUCACAUACAAUCCGCAUACCUGGACCAUCCCUUUGGAAUUUAAAGGAUCUCUUGUGGUAUAUGUAGCUCUUACAGCAUUUGCACGAUGCACACGCACAGCUAGAUUGUGCUGCGAGCUCGCGCUCAUCUUCUACUUCAUCUGGAUUGUUGAUGGCAUGUAUUUUGCCCUCUUUGCUGGCGGUCUCUUCCUCUGCGAUCUUGAUCUUCUGGCUGCCAAAGACGAGCUUCCCGCCUGGAUGGAUCGUCAUUUGAAACCUCAUUCCACGAUAAUCUUCCAGGUUAUGCUUGUCGCUAGUCUCUACCUCGGCGGUGUUCCAAGCUUCUCGAAAGAAAUGGCAGACUUGCGCAUCUCCCCUGGCUGGGGCCUCCUCUCAUACCUCAAACCCGAGGCCGUCUUUGACUACAAAUGGUUCUACAAUUUUUGGGCCGCCAUCUUCCUCGUCGCCAGUGUGCCUCGCGUCCCUUCGUUCAAGAACUUCUUUGAGACCCGCUUCUGCCAGUACCUCGGCAGGAUAAGUUUCAUGUUCUACCUCGUCCACGGACCUGUCAUGUCGACGCUGGGCGACAGAAUCUACGCCGCGGUCGGUAUGCAGCGCGCCAACCACGCCCUCGUCGCGCCUCACUGGAUCGGCCGCUUCCCUAUCCCGCAUUGGGGUCCGUUAGGUCUGGAGCUCAAUUUCCUACUCCCUCAUCUCAUCAUACUGCCCUUCACGCUAUGGGUCGGCGAGGUUCUGACGGUCCUGGUCGAUGACCCUAGCGUGAAGUUUGCGGCGUGGCUGCGGAAGCUGACCUUGCCCACGACCCCGAUCGAGAGACCGACCUUGCAGCAGGUCGAAAUCCACCCUGAGCCCGUUGUUGUUGUUGAUAGAGAGUGAUACUCGAGAACGGACCAGCUAGUUUAUAGCAUUGUAUAUAUCAAUUUUCGAUCUAACAAAGCAUAGUUUACAUCAUCCAUUGUCCUAUGACGAAUGCAUGCUUCAAAAUGCCUACUAAGG